GUAAAGGCGGCAAAGUAAAGUAAAUUCGUGGGUGGCAAACUGUUGUCUGAAUUCGAGGAAGCAGCACGUUGCUCUUUGUGCUCGGUGCUAAUUCCAGGAAUGAAGCCGUAACUAACGUUUGGUAUAAUUCGCAUCGGCCAAACAGGCCCAACAGAAAAAGAAAAAGAAAAUUGGCGUGGGUUCAAUGCUUUAUGAUAAUACACAACGCUCUUAAACGAUCGUCGAGCAGCGCUGUCUCAAAGACGUUCCGUGAUAAAGUUCCAUUCAGUAUCCGCCCGCGGAAGUGCUCGUCCGGUAAAUUCUGGUGUUGAAUUUCGCAAAUCGCAGACAGCUCCCGAGCAUCGAACAUCGAGCUUCGAGCAAGCUCGUUCGGGGAGCACAGUUGAAACUUGUUCAAUCAGUUUCGAAGCUCUUUGUCAUCGGCUGGGCCUCUCAUAGAGAAGUGCGCCAAAUUGUUUCAGUCUCAAUCUGUGCUCCUAGUGGUCGGUGCUGCCGUCUUCCUUUGUGACAACAUCGGCCAAAUUGAGCGAAACUAACUUACUCAGGAUGGACUGAGCCAGACCCGUGCAAAGUAUUUACAAUAUCUGCAUUGAAUUGAUGAAUCUAGCCUGCUGAUAAACCACGCUCAACCAUGAGUAACGCACGUUGCAACGAAGCAGUGGCAUCGACGACGGCCACGACGUCGAUCACAACCAAGACGGUUGAAACCGAACCCAGUGCGUCAGUUGCACACUUUACACCACCCAUACCGACCCUCAGCACUGCAAUUCCGUGCCGGAUUAAUGGUUUAAAGGGGUAUCAGAACCGCACCAAUAAUAUUAUCUACUGUCCACCACUGACACGGCCUGUCUCGCACAAGGAAAAAUGCACUGCAGUCAUCUACUUCGGGGGCGACGUGCAGGACGUCCCGGAGAAGAUGGAAUCGAAUCGGGACAACAAGAACUACAUUAUGUGGAACUUGGAGAAUACUGCCACGCUGCUGCGCGAAGGUUUCCCCCGGUCGCAUAUCAUUGUCGUGCGUCCCAUGCGCAUGGAGUACAGCACAUUCAGCUGCUUCGACAAUUUCGUGCGUGGCAACAACGCCGGCAUCCCGGACCACACACCAAUGCACUACUCCCUGCAACACCUGGAAGAGCUCCUCGUCAGCUUGACAAAGAAGCUGACCAAACCGGUGCUUGACCAUGAGAUGCUUCAAAAGCUGAUUUUUGCAUCAGAAAAUACCCUACCGCUCAAACCAGAUGCAGGGAAACUGAAGCGCUGCAAUGCGUCGCUUUCAGAGGCGGAUUUUCUUCCAAAUACCGACUUUUACGAGACGCCCCAAGCCCAAGCUGACAUUAAGGAGCUGUUGUGGUGGCGAGAAAACUUGAAUCUAGAAACAGCCACUCUCAAAUUGGUCGGUUUCAGCAAAGGAUGCGUAGUGCUGAAUCAGUUCAUCUACGAGUUUCACUACUACAAAACGCUCACCCCGGACGACAGCACCAUGAUGCGUCUAGUUUCGCGCAUCUCCGACAUGUACUGGCUGGACGGUGGCCAUAGCGGUGGCAAAAACACCUGGAUAACCUCGCGUAGCUUGCUCGAAACGCUCUCCCGGCUGUCCAUCAAUAUCCAUGCGCACGUCACCCCAUAUCAAAUACAGGACGAACACCGACCGUGGAUCCGAAAGGAAGAGAAAACUUUCAGCGAAAUGCUGACGCAACUGGGGGCUGCUUAUCAUCGGAGCGUGUACAUGAGCGAGGCCAACUCCACCAACCUGUACACGCAUUUCGACGUGCUGACCAGAUUUCGAAUGCAUCAGAUCAGCGUUUUCAGCCUCCAAAUGAACCAAUUGUUGGCCGGCAACAACCAGCAAUCGUUGUCCCCUGCCGUCCACCGGGCCAUCGAGGAGAACAACCAAUUGGAUUAUGUUGGGGUCAUGCUAGGUAAGGAACCGAUGAUGUCGGACCCGGAAAGCAACGAACAAGCGCCGUUGCCCGACUCUUCCUCGAACAUUGAGGAGUCAGGCGACGGCCAGGAUAACUGACAAUCGGAACUUGAUUGCAUUAAUUUAAUUUCGGUAUUUGUGUAAAGAGCAGCAAUAACUUACUGACUUCCCCUUCCCACCCUUCCCAUUUUCUCAACUAUAACAUACAUUAUUCAAGCAAAUCACGAUAGACAGGUCUGAUUUUACACCCAAUGGCCAUGAAUUCCCUCAAACAGCAGCAGUCUUACGUAGUUUUGUAAAAUUGAACAUUUUAGCAUUGAUUAUUAACGUACGCUUACCCUCUAACUAACCUUUACAGCAGUAAGUUGGUGACUUCUCCUAUGCCAGGUCAUUUGCAUUCUUAGUGCUUUUCGCUUUUCCUCAUGCUAAAACAGUCACGCAUGCGAAGCAUAGACCUAUUAAGAUUUAUAGCAGUUCGCUCUCUCGCUACCACCAGUGUUUGGUAUCCAGUCAGCAACCAGUAUUAGUGAAUGGUGAAGUGUGCUCGUUUAUAAUGUCCUUGAAAGACGAUAAUUUUAAUAUUUUAACAUAGUUUUAUUGGUUAGUAUAGUAUAGUUAAGCAGGCGCACUUACCUACCGGUACGGUGGUGUAGUUCACAUCAGUACAUCGAAAUCAGGGACUCUUUGUGUUGCAUUUUAAAAAGGAACAGACUAUUUUUGCCAGAAGUUCUUCUACUAGGUAUAUUUUCUUUGUUUUGAUAACUCGCAAUUUGUGCGUAGAUCGUACUUGCUGCGCCCACGAAUAAGUUUUAAUGCAAGAAGAGUUAGUUUGAGCUCAUUAGUAAUAGUUCAUUAACGUGAAUGCGCGUGAACUUUAAGUUAGUGAAAAUGUGUCCUCUGUCCGUUCUUUAAUGAUAAAAUAAUGCUUUAAUUAGGUUCGCUUGCUUUUCAGACUAACAUUAAUUUUUGGAUGCAAAUAUUGUGAAACGAAAUUGAGUUUUAACUAUUUAGAAAGUUGUUGCUGGACGAUGUAAUUCUUAUUUUACUACUAUUUAAGAUUUUUUAAGGUAUCAUUUAUCAUAAGCGACAUAGUGUUUACACAAAAUAGGUGCAAUACCAGGUGGGAUAAUUGUGGUUGGUCGAGCGAGUGUUUUUUUUUAAAUCUUUUAGAUGAGCACACUAUGGUUUUGCCAUUCACAAAGCGUGAAUCCCUGAAUUUUGCGGGCCGAAAUAGUAGGAUAUAAGAAAUAAGGAAUAAGUGAUGCAAAAAACAAGAACGCAGCAAUUUUUACAACUGAAUUAAUUCUAUAAUUCUACAAUUCCACACAGCCCGUCGUCGAGACCGCAUCCCCCUUUUGCGGAGGUCCCGCAAAACACGGAAACGCUGCUGAUGUGACGGAGUAGCAGCUUUUGUCUCUUGUUCCAG